AUGGCAGAUCUGGUUGCGGAUUUAGCCAGAAAAUCCAGAGAUUUGGGCAGCAAAUCUCCUCAGGGCAUGGCCAAGGGGAAUUACCAGGAGAGAAGACAAUAUAGAGGGGUUAGGAGGCGACCAUGGGGCAAAUUCGCUGCCGAGAUUCGCGAUCCGAACAAGGCAGCCCGAGUCUGGCUUGGCACUUUCAAGACGGCCGAGGACGCAGCACUGGCUUAUGACGAGGCUGCUCUCAGAUUCAAAGGGAACAAAGCCAAGCUCAAUUUUCCGGAAAGGGUUCAAUGGAGGACCGAGCUCGGAUGCCUGAUCACUACAGCUCGGCAAGACUUGCGAAUCAAUCCUCAACAACAUCUCUAUUCGGUUGCUCCGAAUGAUCAGCCACUGCCAUCUCAUCAAGAAGCUUAUCUCCACACUCAACAAGUUCUUCCUGAUCAGGCUAGUGCUGUGAACUAUGGCUUUUCAGUUCCAUCUUUGGCAUCCCAACAUGAAGAACAAGGAGGAGAGCUCACAAGGCCUUCUUCUGAUCAGUUUGGAAGUAGUAGUUCUACUUGUGCUCCUCGUACUUAUCGGAUUAAUUAA